AUGGGGUCCGUAAACGUGAACCGGAAUGUGGCGGACGCGUUCUAUCGCUAUAAGAUGCCGCGGAUUUGCGCCAAGGUGGAGGGGAAGGGGAACGGCAUUAAGACUGUCAUCGUCAACAUGAUCGAGGUGGCCAAGGCACUUGGUCGGCCGGCGACAUAUCCGACCAAGUACUUUGGAUGCGAAUUGGGCGCUCAAACGCAGUUCGACUUUAAAAAUGAACGUUUCAUUGUCAACGGAAGUCAUGAUUCGUCCAAGCUUCAAGAUUUACUUGAUGGUUUCAUCCGCAAGUUCGUGUUGUGCCCCGAGUGUGACAAUCCCGAGACGGAGCUGAUAGUGUCGACGAAGCGCAACACGAUCUCGCAGGGUUGCAAAGCGUGCGGCUAUCACGGGCAGCUGGACUUCAACCACAAGCUCAAUACUUUCAUACUCAAGAACCCGCCGGCCGCUGACCCUGCCAUGCAGGGCUCGUCGCUAACUGAAGGCAAUCGUGGGAAGCGGUCGAAGCGAAGCGGCCCAGCUGCUAACGGCAACCACGAUGGUGAAGCAGAAGCCAAAAAUGAUAGCGACGUCCCAAUAACGCCAACAACGCCAAACGCAAAGAGCGUAAAGAAAGAAAAGCCAAAGAAAGAUGACGAUGACGAUGAUGGUAACUGGACUGUCGAUGUCAGUGAGGCUGCUGUGAGGGCUAGGAUGCAAGAUCUAACGGAGGGUGCGAAGAGCAUGACGGUGUCUGAAGACAGUGAGAAGAAUGAGAAGCAGCGCAUGGACUUGUUUUACUCGUUUUUGAAGCAGAAGGCGGAUGCGGGGGACGUGGAGGGCUCUAAGGCCAUCAAUGAAAUUAUACACGAGGCUGAUAGGUUAGACGUCAAGUCGAAGGCCCUGCUGGUGGCGUUCGAGAUCCUGGUGCGAGCUGGCAGCCUCGCCGGGGACGUGAAGCGGCAUCGCGCUCUUUUGCUGCGCUUGGCCCACCUCGAGCCCCGCGCACCCCGCGCCGCUCUGCACGCCCUCACCGCAUUGGCCCAACACCACCCCGUGCUGUUGCCUCGCGUACCUGCCAUUCUUAAGCUCCUUUACGAUUUGGACAUAGUAGAGGAGAAGACCAUAAUCGAGUGGGCAGCGAAGCCGUCUCGCAAGUACGCAUCCAAGGAAGUGGUCGCAGACGUCGUGAAGCGAGCCCAACCCUUCAUCGAGUGGCUGCAGCAGGCUGACGAGGAGGAAUCGAGCGAAGAGGAGGAGGACAUCGAGAUCGAGUACGACGAUCGUGCUAAGGCUACGCCCAUUAAGGCGGUGAGCGCAGCGCCGGCCGCCAAGCCCAAACCCCAGGAAGACGACGGCGAAAUCGACGUUGACAUAGAUGCUAUAUAG